AUGGGUCGUGAUAAAGUCAUUCUUCUUGGAGCCACCGGAACCACUGGUGGCUCGAUUAUAAAUGGACUUCUUGAGGAUGGUGGCUUUCAUGUUUCGGUCCUUGUUCGCCUUUCGUCUUCAAGUAAGCCUGCGGUGAAGUCUCUUAGAGAUAGAAACGUGGACAUUUGCAUCGCAGAUAUCACUACGGACAACUUUGAAUCCAUCGUCGAUAUACUGACUCGCUUUGAUAUCGUGAUCAGUGCAAUAGGAGCUGACGCACAACUGUGCCAGUUAAGACUGAUUGAUGCUGCAAAAGUGGCCGGCGUGAAGCGAUUCGUGCCCUGCGGUUUCAUCACAGUGGCGCCAGCAGGGGGAAUAAUGGACAUCAGGGAUGAGAAGGAGACUGUAUACCAGCAUCUUUGGAAGGCCUAUGUUCCUUACACAAUAAUCGACGUAGGCUUCUGGUAUCAGAUAUCUUAUCCCCGACUCCCGUCUGGCCGAGUGGACUAUGCUAUACCAAUUAAAAUGCCCCUGAAGCUAUACGGUAAUGCAGGUUUAGCCACUGCUAUCACGGACCUUCGCGAUAUAGGCCGUUAUGUUGCACGAAUCAUUCGCGACCCAAGGACUCUAAAUCAAAAGGUAUUUGCCUAUGGGGAACUAGUUAGCCAACAGGGGGCUGCAGAGCUCUUAGGGAAGCUCUCAGGAGAACAAAUCGAAUUCCACGAUCAUGUUAGUCUUGUUAAUAGCCCCCAUUUAGCAGCACGACAGAUUGACCUAAGAGCCUUAUGCAUACAGGUCGACUCCAACCAGAUGUUAGCAAACAUGGAAGAGGCGAAGGCAACGCUUUUACACAAUCCCACUGAUUAUAAAGCUCGAUUUGAAGUGAUAGUAGCCCAGUACCAGUACAGUAUGUAUGUUCGUGGUGAUAAUCACCCAUCAUACGCUGCAUAUCUUGGAUACUUAGAUGGGACUAAGCUGUACCCCGAUUUCAAGAGGAUCUCUUUUGAAUCCUGUCUGAAGGAAAUCCUCAGAGGCGACGGAUUCCGGAUCAAUCCAGGAAAUAUUUAA